CAGAGUUUCCCUGGGAUGUUCAGGAGAGUAGAGUUCACGAAUGACUUUCCACUGAUGCACAUGGCUGUGUUGAACCUUAGUUUGACGAGGAUACUUCGACCAAUGAGUGUUUAGGUUUGCUGUGUGGACAGGAUACAGCAGGGUUCAUGCCAGCGGCCUUCAUGGCAACAGCUACCGGAUCAGUGCCCCGUGCAAAACCAACACGUCACUUCGUUGUAUCUUUACGUUGUGCGGCCGCCGUAAGAUACACAGCGAAGCAUGCGCGCCAGCGACUCGAGGUCUCGAUCGUCCAGAUGGCUGAGUGAUGCCAGAGUUCAUAUACUGAUCCUAUCAAAACGAGAGCUGGACAAAGCGCAUCGUACCGCCAGCCAUGCAAUGCGUUCAGGGCCAGCAACACGAUCAGAUUCCAAAAGGCGACAAUCCCACGCGGCACAAAUCUUCUGCACACCUGGAUCCAAAUCAAGUAGCUUGGACUUUGAUCGACGUUGGACUGGUGAAAACACACGCGAAAUGCUUGCCAGGCGACAUUGUGUUUGUGCCCUACCAGCUUGACAAUGUCGUAUACCAUUUCCCGCUUCCGCCGGGCUCCCAAGCUCCAAAAAUCUUGUCUGCCGAUGCGUCGACCCAACAUUUGAAGCCCAGCAGCGAGCACACGAGAUCCAACAAAGUCAACGAGGAGACAAGAUCAGUACCGCGACAGGACAAGGACGGGAAAAGUGAAAGGCAGAUGCGGAGGAAGACGCGCGUGCGUUCAGCGAACAAGAACUUCCCAAUUCGCGUAGACAGUUUGCAGGCGAUACGACCUUCUCCACCGUCUUACGAAGAAGCCAUGGAACUGCAGAGGAGAGAGCACAGCGUUGAUGCAACCGAGGCCGAACGUCAAAAUACCCUGAAGAUGCUAGAGAACCACAUCUCAGCAAAUAGCUACCUACAGCAGCACGCCGCCGCUCGAACUGCAGGACUGCCGCCAGGAAGACAAACUCCGCGAGAUCGACGACCACCAAGCAAAGUAUUAGCUCCACGCCAAUUGUCACAAGACGACAGUAUUACAACGUAUCGCCCUCGCGGCAGCAGAUGUCACUCUCGUUCAGCCAGUAUUCCGAGCAGACAAGAAGAAAUAUAUUCUCGUCCGCCUAGCAUAGCCAAAGCUCAAGUCGUUUUGGGUAUCUCAGAGCCUGGCAAAACCUCAAUCGAGCAGCUUUUCGACCAAGCAGUUCUCGAAUUUCAGCAACAAACAGCCGAGACAGCGGAGCGCAUGUCUUAUCGCGACGACAUUGGUCUGACUCGUUGGGCUACUAACUCAGCGAGGAAAACCACAAAGCCCCCGAGAGAUGAGGAAGCGGCCGCCGACGCUCCCAUAUAUGUUUCCGGGAAGAGUUGGAGACCCACUGCAAAGAUACAUCGACAUUUUGGGAAUGGCAAUUCGCAGGGGGUGAAGAUCAGCACACCUGGACUGGCGAAGAGGUUGGGAGUUCCUGUCGGAACACAUACGGCGUUAAGAAUCGAUGCGUUCUACGACAAUGACUGAUGCACUAUGGGCGAAGCAACCGCUUCAUAAUCUACCCAUGAAGGUUCUACUCGGGCCAUUGAGAGAUCCGAAUCCUCCUUUGCCAUGCCCAACUCGAUGCUUGAUCCUGCUCUAUUACCAUCCUGCGACCCGACGGCUUCUAGAACCCGGUGACGAUAUAAGGUCGUGGGAGAAAUUCUCGUACCACAUCGUGUUCAGUGUCGCUCAGAGCAGUGAAGCCUUUCGGCAUUCAACGCAUGCCGUCUGGCUAGACAGCGAUGAGUGUCGCGAUCAAUGCGUGGCACGUCGCCUGAGUGGCAAACAUGGGGCGAAACCUCUUUAUGAUCGGCACGUAAGAACGAACGGACGAGCGCAGGUACAAUGCCUGCAUAUCGAACCGGCCGAUCAUGUUGAUGUGAACACUCUACUAGCACUGUUGAAAUUGACACAGGCAUGUCACUCUCAUAUCCAAGUUUUCAAGCUGCAUGAAACGUGUAUGUGCACUGGAUUCAUUCAUCUUUCAUUUUCAAGCAUGGGC